AAGUGGCAUGACGAUGAAUUGCCAUGUACGAAGACAGGUACCGUUAGCUCUCAAAGUUAACGUAACUAAGAAGAACUGUUAUGCCGAGCCUUUCAUUUUCAUCAAUGCCAGCUUUGUGCUGAUCAGACAUUAUACUUGUUUUUCUAUUUAGGUGGCUGGCUGUUUCUGCCGGUGAAGACAUGCCUGCAGCGAAACAGUAGUUGGUAACAUCCCGGGGUACAGGUUAUGAUACAGUGGAAUGGACGAAAACCAGUGGGGGGAUGUGAACUCCAUGCAAGAUGAGGAUUCGCUCAUAGAGGGCGUCAGCGACCUGGUUCUUGCUGUGGUUGUACUCAGUUUUGCGUUUCUGGGCGGACUGGCCAUUCUGCUCUGCAGAAAUGAGCAGCAGAACAUCCACCCAGAGAACCAGGAGCAGGUGAGGAUCAUCCGGCAGCAGCUCCAGUCCGAGCAGGAUGCACCUGAAGGCCGCAGGCAGCAGUUUUACACAGACAUGUCCUGUCCAGUCUGCCUACAGCAGGCUUCCCUGCCUGUGGAGACCAACUGCGGUCACCUCUUCUGUGGUGCCUGUAUCAUUGCAUACUGGAGGAAUGGAUCAUGGCUCGGAGCAAUAAACUGUCCCAUCUGUAGACAAAUGGUGACCCUGCUGUUCCCGCUCUUCCGGGCGAACGCUCCUGGGAAUCCGGCGCAGGACGACCAGGCUGAGGCCAGGCAGAUCCAACAGGACGUCAACGACUACAACCGCAGGUUCUCCGGUCAGCCGAGAUCUCUGAUGGACCGCCUCCGCGACGUGCCCACCCUGCUGCGGCACGCUUUCCGGGAGAUGUUCUCCGUGGGCGGGCUCUUCUGGAUGUUCCGCCUGCGGAUUCUGCUCUGCCUGGUGGGGGCGCUGACGUACCUGGCCUCGCCGCUGGACUUCAUCCCUGAGGCGCUCUUCGGCCUCCUGGGCUUCCUGGACGACCUGUUCGUGAUCCUGCUGCUCUUCAUAUACAUCUCCAUCAUGUACCGCGAGGUGGUGACCCAGAGACUGGCUGGGUGACCUCCCGGGUUAGAGCUGGGGGUUUCCUCUGGGGUUUCUGGGCCUCUGGUCUCGGCUCCACCAGCAUCCACUGAGGCCCUAUCGGUCUGAGUUGACAGGGAGUUCCUCCGUCGCGGAUCGUAAUGGUCGUCCACUGACUCACGUCUGUGAGCGUGACUUGUUCACAGCGGUGUGCUGAGAGGGCUUGGGGUCACUUGCCUUGGAGAGCUCAUCUGUUCUCCUGAAUCAAUGGUGCUGAAAUGAGCGCUGCUAUACACAUCUGAUUGGGAAUUCCAAAUUGGGGAGAAAAAAUGGUUGCGCGCAUACCAAGCAUCUAUAAUACUUUGCAUUCUCUAUAUCCAGCCAAAUGCUCACUUCGUUUCUCUUCAGUCUAUUAAAUUGGAACUUUAAAAACAAUUUAACGGUAGUAGAGAUCAUGUCAAACAUUUAGUUCUCAAAACCAAAAUACAGCGUUUGUACUGCUCCAGUGUGAGUAAACGAAACAAAAUGGCCGCAGACACUACGGAAAGCACUCAAGCUGACACGGAGAACGUAAACGCAAGAUGACUGAACUGCCCUCCAGCAGGGGCUUCAGCUGUCCUGAGCCUGGUUCUUCCCUGACUGACUGACCCGGUCGCCUCCUCCUUGCCUUAUUUCCAUGUUUCCUCAUGCUGGUGGAGCUGGUCACACUUUAUUUUAAGGGGUUGCUGAUAUUGCUUACUAAUGUAUGUAUUCCCACUUUCACCGACCAGGCAAUACACAGGUAACCGAUAAUCCUGGUUCAAAAUCUUUAUGUAACCUUUACAGUCUGUGCAUUAAAUUCCAUCUGAACAAGUGUCCAAGUGGCACGUGCAUGUUUCAUUAUAGAACAUUGCAGAAAUAUUCAUAUUUCACUAUUUGCUCCAUAUAUGCCUUACCCGUUAACAUUGUGGUCUAUAAAGUUGCAAAGGGAUUGUUAGUAAGUAAUAUCACAUGAAUUCCAUGAAUGUUUACAGUAGAAAUACACCCUUCCAUUAAAGUGUGACAGUGGAGGGUAUCUGGAGACAGAGCGAUUGCAGUCGAAUGGGAAUAUCUGUAUAAUUGUCUAUAUACGUGGCAGUGGCUGUAUAUUGGUAAUUAUGGCAGGAUGUUUCUGUUCAGAAUGAGAAAUCGUUUUUCUCAGAAAGCAAUGUCUCAUGUUUCAGGCAAUCCUGUAUUUUGAAAAUUCAAAUAAAUAUUGGUGAAUUUUGGGAAAUUCCUGAUGAAUGAA